AUGACGACAGCAACCGUCGUAGCCCAGCAGAGUGAGAACUUGGGACGGUUCCCUGCGGCAGGUUGCCGCAGCGCCAGCACCACGGUCUCGACCGUCGCACCCGGUCCGCAGCUCAGGAUGAACGAUACGCAUCAACAGCAGCAGUCGCAGCCGUUGCAUACUAGCGAUACCAGCCCGCGCGACCACCGCACGAACACGAACGGUUCCUCUAACACGGGCGGCGGUCUCGCCGUGGCCAACCUAGCGCUGCAUAGUGGCGCCGGAUCUGCCAACUCCAACGGCAGCACGAACGGCAGUGGUAGCAAUAACAACGGCACGGACAAAAAUCGCACCAUGUCUCUGAGCGAUAGUAAAAUGGAUCACACGCGUGAUCAGCACCAGCGAGACCAGCAUCACCAUCAGCACCAUGCGGCACAUCCGCCCCAGUCGUCGCAGCAGCUUCAUCAGCACGCCGCGUUACAGAACCGGCUACGUGGGGUGUCACCGACGCCCUCCGAGCAGCAGUACGCCCUGAAAUGGAACGACUUCCAGUCGUCGAUCUUGUCCUCCUUCCGGCACUUGCGCGAUGAGGAGGAUUUCGUCGAUGUCACGAUUGCCUGCGAUUCGCGAUCCUUCACGGCACACAAGGUCGUGCUGAGCGCGUGUAGUCCCUACUUUCGCAAGCUGCUGAAGGCGAAUCCCUGCGAGCACCCGAUUGUCAUCCUGCGUGACGUGCGCUCGGAGGAUAUCGAAAAUUUGCUGCGAUUUAUGUACAACGGCGAGGUACACAUCGGCCAGGAUCAAUUAAGCGAUUUCCUCAAAACGGCCCAGUUGCUGCAAGUGCGCGGCCUGGCAGAUGUUACGACCGGCAACCCGACCGGCGGACGAACGUCGGCAAACUCGUCCAUGCUGAACUCAUCAUUAUCGACACCUGCUGUCCAGGAGCUAAAGGCAUCACCCACCUCCACCUCGUUACCAUGGGAGCUGCCAGAGGACAAUUCCUCGGCUCCACCACCGCAGAAGCGCACCAAGAGCUCGGAACUCUACCGCAAGCAGCACGGGCUCAGCCCGGACGAUCCGAUUCCGCUGGAUCUGCUACCGAUUGGGCAGCAUCCGUUGACGCGCGAGCGCGACCGCUCGAAGGACAAAAACAAGGAGCAUCACCAUCGGGGCUCCUCCGAGCACGACCUGCACCAUCACCAUCACCAUCGCGAACGGGAUCGUAGCCUGGAGUUGCGCGAGUCCUUGCUUGGACAGGCGCUUGAGGGUGGACCUACACUGACCGUACCUUCGUUCGAACCUCUCUACUCCAUCCAGAAACAUCCCGAUCUGCUCUCGCUCCAGGCCGCGGCCAGCGGUGAAGAUUCGAACAGCAGCGAUACGGCCGCCUCGGACCACGGCGACGACAUCGAGGGUUUAAAUGGGAACCUCGAGCACACCCGGCCAUCCUUUCCGUUUCUCGGGCUGCAGGGCAUCCCCGGGCUAAUACCGGGACCGUCCGGCAUGCACGGUGACAACUUCGAUGCGCGGCAGCAUUGCGACGCGUUGAUAAAGGAGGAGCUCGAUGAGCCGCACCGCAGCGAUGGUGGAACCGUCGCGGAACGGACACCACCCGGGAGGCGCCGGGCGAGGGACGGUCUCGACCAGAACGGGCUCGACUGUGGGGCGCGGUUGCAGCGCCGUCUUGCGAAGCGUUUCCGGCGCCACCAGCACCAUCACCCGCACCACCAUCACCAGCUGGAGGCGGCCGGCGAGGGUCUCGGCUCCCGAGGGCCGGACACCACCCGGAAUGGCCCCGCCGGGCGUACCACCGAAGUGCCAGCUCGGCAGAAGCCGACCUAUCGCGCCACCAGCGAGGAAGAGGACGAAGACGAUGGCGAGCGGCGCGUACCGGCAGGUGGCCGCGAACCUGACGGUCGCUUGCGUGACGAGGACGACGAUGGGGAUGAGGACGAUGGGGAUGAGGAGCGGGACGUGGAUGGGGGUAGCGAAGAGACCGAGCUCGAUCUGAAAGUAGAUGGGCGGCUAUCUGCGAUCGCGACAACACUCGACAGCGAGUACCACAAGCGAAUGGCGGCGGCUGGUGUGUUGGCGGCAGCGGCUGCCGCCAGUGCCAGUGCCCUGGGGGAUGCUGGGAGUGAGCAAGCGGCGGCUGACUUCUUCGCCGCUCACCACCAAGCUGGUACACAUGAGCUUGCUCUUAAACAGCACUUCCUGAAUGAGAAGGUACGGCUGCAGGCGUUGUUGCAACGUCAAGCGCACCACCACCACCAGCAGCAACAGCAGGCGCAUCAUCAACACCAGAAGUUGGCUGGGUUCUUGCUCUCAACCGCCAGCACCCCUCCAACACCUACCCUCACGCCUACAGGCGUGCUAAACCUUGGCCAAUCGGGUGGAACCGAUCAACGAGGUGGUUCAGCUUCACCCGCUGCUUCCACGGGAGGGCGAGCAACUGGGACGACGGCGACGGGGGUAGGGGGUGGCACAGAGAGUGGCAAGCCGGGUGGAAGUAAGCAGCCACCGUCCAGCUCGUCCCCCGCAUCGGUGGCAGCUGCGGCGGCUGCAGCUGCCGAUCGGCUUUUUGCGGCCGCUUACAGCUCGAGUGGAGCACCAGGCGCCUCCACCGGUAAUGGAGCUGCUGGUGGUUCGAAUGGUGGGACCGCGGGGGGUGCGAAUGGUGGUGGGAAUGGGUCAGCAGCAGCCUCCGCCACCGGGCAGCAGGUGUACCUGUUGCCAUGCCCUCUGUGCGAGGUGCCACUGGAGCCACGCGUUUUCCGGCAGCACCUUGACCGGCAUUAUCCCCGGGACAGCCCGGUUUGCCCGGUGAUUCAGUGUGGGCGACGCUUUGCCCACCCCAACUCGGUCCGUAACCACAUGCGCCUGAAGCACACGAACCAGUGGGCUCAGAUGAAGGCGAUGCGCUCGUCCGGAGGUCCUUUUACGGGCAUACCGUGAGAGUAAGAAAGCGCCCGCAGGGUUGAUGCAUUCCGUUUCGAGAUAUUUGCCGCCACAUAGUAUCACACUAGUAUUACGCGAGGGUGCGCUAGCGAUGGGCGUGAGUGUCCUAAUCUAAACUAAAGUUCCUAAAAUUUAAAGUAGCCAGAC